AUGUUCAAGUUGUCACUUGAAUGCACUAAACAGAUGCUACAAAUGGCAGAGGAGAGCACGGAGGCAGGAAUUAUAACAAUGACCAUGCUGGAUGAGCAGGCAGAACAACUGAGGCAUGUGGAAGAGGGAGUGGAUCAGAUCAGGCAGGGCAUAAAACAGGCUCAGAAGAAUGUGAACAAGCUGUCCAAAUGCUGUGGCUUGUGUCUGUGUUCAUGUAACAGACUGAUGUCCGUUGACAAUGAUAGAUGUAAGAAGGUUUGGGGUAAAGAAGAAAGAAAUGGGGGUGUGUUAUCCAGCCAACCCACUGCCCUCCAAAAUGGGCAAGAUGUUUCUGUUGGAUCAGCGGCCCCCUCUGGCCCUUACAUUAAGCGAAUAACGAAUUACGCACGAGAAGAUGAGAUGGAGAAUAAUCUGGUACAGGUUGACAGCAUCACUGGGAAUCUAAAGUGCAUGGCCCUGGAUUUUAGAAAUGAGAUAGAUAAUCAUAAUGAAAAAAUUAAAAACAUCACUGAUAAGACGAACAACAACGACAGGAUGUCAACCCAGAAGAUGGGAACUUGUAGUGUUAUGUACUGUGAGGAGGUACAGUAG